GACUGCGUACAUGUGAACGUAUCAUUUUUCUGCCAUGUCGACAUCCGGAACACUGACUAGUUACUACGUCGAUUCCCUCAUUCUGCCCGAGAGCGAGGAGCUCUCCGUGCCGAGAUACCCCUCCGGUCCUGGGCUCCAGCACUCCAGACAGCCCGCCUCCAUCAGCGAUCACAGCGAGCUCGGGACCUGCACCUUCCCGUCUAAACCUCCGGUAUUCGGCCCGUCGUGGAGCCACGUCCCGGCUCAGUUCCCGGGAACCGUCUCCUCUGUGUACCAUCACCACUAUGGGCAUCCUCAAGGCCCGGUCAGUGCAGACACAGACGGCCGCUAUCAGUCAUGGCUGCUGGAGCCUAUGUCCGGUUCUUUGCCCAUGGCCGGAUUACCCACGACCCAUCACUACGGAAUCAAACCGGAGGGUCUGGCGACGCGAGCUGACGGCGCGCUGCCCGGAUCCCACACGGCGCUGCUGCUCUCCGAUUACGCCAACGGCACGGUGGCGACGGCAUCCCCGGUGGAAAAGGACGCACCGUCCAGCCAGGCAGGGGACAUGAACGGGGAAGGUGAAGAGAAACCGGGCCUCGAUCCAAAUAACCCAGUGUCCAACUGGCUCCACGCGAGUGCCACGAGAAAAAAGCGCUGUCCGUACACCAAGCACCAGAUCCUGGAGCUGGAGAAAGAGUUCCUCUUUAACACCUACCUGACCAGGGACCGUAGGUACGAGGUGGCGAGGCUGCUAAACCUCACCGAGAGACAGGUUAAAAUCUGGUUCCAGAACCGCAGGAUGAAGAUGAAGAAGUUUAAUAAAGACGGCGCACCGAAAGAGAGUGACUGAAGCGUAAAACAGAUACAGUAUUUAGGCUGUUAGCGAGCUUUGUGUGUGGAAGCUCUUAAACUCUGCUGGACCUUGUUUUUAAACUUCAUUGUCUUAUUGUUCUAUACAGAAGAAGCUAUUAGGCUUAUUUGUCUUGUAAAAAAAAAAAAGCAUGUUGGGCUUCAGUUUGAUGCGACUACCUUUAUAUUGCACAAUUUUAACGGUGCCCACUCGUUUUGUAUUUGUUCUUUUCUCAUGUUGAUUUGAAUUAAUACCUCGUUAACGUGUAUUAGUUGGCCUGGUCCUUGUGCUUGUUUGUUUGUUUGUUUGUGUAUGGAUGUUUCUAGCUGUGUGUUUGUAGAUCUAUUUGUUGUCUAUCUCAGAGUCCACCUGAGCGUAUAGUUUGUAAAAUGUAUUAAUUUUAUUGUUGUUUCUCCCUUACUGCUUAGACUGAUGACCAUGAGUUUGAAUCUAACAUUGGAGCCGUAGAGAAAACAGACUGAUCGCAUUUUGAAGUAGGUGCAGAAACCUCAGAAACCUCUUAAAAAUGCUACUAAAUUAAAAUAUGUUAUAGAAGCUAUAUGACAUGACACGAUUGACUACCUAUGUCUUUCAACUACCUACUAUAACCUAUUUUUAUUUUUCCUCCGAUGGCGGAUUAUAGUAGAAUUGCUUGCAUUAGAUGCUGAACUAUGAAUUUCAGGGAGUAACAUUUUGAAAAGUACAUAAUGUUUGUUAGUGAGAGAAAAAUCAAUUAAAACACUGUAGGCUACUUAUUGAAUACCUCACGGUCUGCUGACCGUCUGACUUUUGGUUCACAAAUGUAAUUUGUACUUUAUUUAUUAAAUAAAACAA